AAAUGAGAAAUCAACAGGCGAUGAAACGAUAGAAUCACCUUCAUCUGAGCGAAUAUUCGCCGACACGAUGUUUUCACACGUCAGUGCUGUCGAGCUGCGGGAAACUCUCGAAUCGUUUCACAGUCUGAAUGAAUCUCAGUGGAGCAUCGCGAAGAAAUCAAAGGAUGUGACUGUAUGGAGGAAACCUUCUCAUGAGUUCGGAGGAUUUCUAUAUAAAGCUGAAGGAACCGUAGCAGAGAAUCCACAGCGGAUCAUGGACUACAUCCGUCCCGGAGCCCGCAGACUGGAAUGGGACAGUAUGAUCACUUCACUGGAGAUCCUGCAAACACUAGACCAGGGCUGUUGUGUUGUGAAAUACACCACCUCAGGGCAGCUGUGGAACAUCAUCUCUCCUCGAGAGUUUGUGGAUUUCUCCUGCACCAGCGAGUAUCAGCGCGGCCUGCUGUCCUGCGGUGUGAGCGUGGAUCAUGACGAGCAGAAAGCAGGGGUGGUUCGAGGAUUCAAUCACCCGUGUGGCUGGUUCUGUGUGCCGGCGCAGGACUCGGAGAUAAGUGUACUGACCGGAUACAUCCAGACGGACCUGAGGGGAAUGCUGCCGCAGACGGCGGUGGACACAGCUAUGGCCAGCGGUCUGGUCAACUUCUACAGUGACCUGAGACAAGCUCUGAAGAUCUGAUGAACUCUAACAAGCCUCACCUUUGCUGAUCCUCCCAUACACGUGAUUUUGUAAAUAAUCGUAACCACAGCACAUUCGUUUAUUAUUGCAUGAUUUGUUUUGUUUUUGGUUUAAUGUGAUUAAAACCAGUGUAACUGUUUUUCAUAAAAUGAUGUAAAAUUGUAAACAUUAUUUUUUAAAAAUCUUAUAAAUUUCUCUUAUUCUUUAUCAUUAUUUCUCUCUCUUUAGGUGACACAAAAAUCAGCUUAGUAUUUACAUAUAGAUGUAACUGUUAGACUGAUGUAUUUGUGUUUAUUGUCCUCAUAUGGAUGAAAUAUUCAUAAGUUACAGCAUAAACGAACUGAGGGCUUUAUUCUUAUUAAAUUAAGACACAGUAGGAACAGGGUCUGUGCUUUAAUGGCUGAAACUAUUUGUCAUUUUUAAUUCAUUAUUAUGAGGCAGUGACGUGAGCAACAUCGCAAUACAAAGCUCCAGAAUUCCUUGUCAAAGAGUUUUUUUCUCAAAUGUUGACUGAAACGCUGAUGUUCUGAUGAAUUUUGUAAAAUCACUCCAUCAUCGAGGAAUAAAGCGUGUGAAUUUCAGGUGCUGCA